GGGCAGCCGGGCUCGCCGGCAGCCAGCUCGGGCCCCUGCCCCCUCGGCUUCGUGCCCCCGGCGCCGGGCGGCCGGCGGGUCUGGAGCCCGCGCCGUCGCCGGCCGCGUCCCCCGGGCAUGGAAGGAGGCGGCAAACCCAACUCCUCGUCCAACAGCCGGGACGAUGGCAACAGCGUCUUCCCCGCCAAGGCGCCCGCGACGGGCGCGGGGUCGGCCGCGGCCGACAAGCGCCUCGGCACCCCGCCGGGGGGCGGCGGGGCCGGCGCGAAGGAGCACGGCAACUCGGUGUGCUUCAAGGUGGACGGCGGCGGCGGCGGCGGCGAGGAGUCGGCCGGGGGCUUCGAGGACGCCGAGGGCCCCCGGCGGCAGUACGGCUUCAUGCAGAGGCAGUUCACCUCCAUGCUGCAGCCCGGGGUCAACAAAUUCUCCCUCCGCAUGUUUGGGAGCCAGAAGGCGGUGGAAAAGGAGCAGGAAAGGGUUAAAACUGCAGGCUUCUGGAUUAUCCACCCUUACAGCGAUUUCAGGUUUUAUUGGGAUUUAAUAAUGCUUAUAAUGAUGGUUGGAAAUCUGGUCAUCAUACCAGUUGGAAUCACAUUCUUUACAGAACAAACAACAACACCAUGGAUUAUUUUCAAUGUGGCAUCAGAUACAGUUUUCCUUUUGGACCUGAUAAUGAAUUUUAGGACUGGCACUGUCAAUGAAGACAGUUCUGAAAUCAUCCUGGACCCUAAAGUGAUCAAGAUGAAUUAUUUAAAAAGCUGGUUUGUGGUUGACUUCAUCUCAUCAAUCCCAGUGGAUUAUAUCUUUCUCAUUGUAGAAAAAGGAAUGGAUUCAGAAGUUUACAAGACAGCCAGGGCACUUCGCAUUGUGAGGUUUACAAAAAUUCUCAGUCUCUUGCGUUUGUUGCGACUUUCAAGGUUAAUUAGAUACAUACAUCAAUGGGAAGAGAUUUUCCACAUGACGUAUGACCUUGCCAGCGCGGUGGUGAGAAUUUUUAACCUCAUUGGCAUGAUGUUGCUCCUGUGCCACUGGGAUGGCUGUCUUCAGUUCUUAGUCCCACUACUGCAGGACUUCCCACCGGACUGCUGGGUGUCUCUGAAUGAAAUGGUUAAUGAUUCGUGGGGAAAGCAGUAUUCAUAUGCACUCUUCAAAGCUAUGAGUCACAUGCUGUGCAUUGGGUAUGGAGCCCAGGCCCCAGUCAGCAUGUCUGACCUCUGGAUUACCAUGCUGAGCAUGAUCGUUGGGGCCACCUGCUAUGCCAUGUUUGUUGGCCAUGCCACGGCUUUAAUCCAGUCUUUGGAUUCUUCAAGGCGCCAAUAUCAAGAGAAGUAUAAGCAAGUGGAACAAUACAUGUCCUUCCAUAAAUUACCAGCUGAUAUGCGUCAGAAGAUACACGAUUAUUAUGAACACAGAUACCAAGGCAAAAUCUUUGAUGAGGAAAACAUUCUCAAUGAACUCAACGAUCCUCUGAGAGAGGAGAUAGUCAACUUCAACUGUCGGAAACUAGUGGCUACAAUGCCACUGUUUGCUAAUGCGGACCCCAAUUUUGUGACUGCCAUGCUGAGCAAGUUGAGAUUUGAGGUGUUUCAACCUGGAGAUUAUAUCAUACGAGAAGGAGCUGUGGGUAAAAAGAUGUAUUUCAUUCAACAUGGCGUUGCUGGUGUCAUCACAAAAUCCAGUAAAGAAAUGAAGCUGACAGAUGGCUCCUACUUUGGAGAGAUUUGCUUGCUUACCAAGGGACGCCGCACUGCCAGUGUUCGAGCUGAUACAUAUUGUCGUCUUUAUUCACUAUCCGUGGACAAUUUCAAUGAGGUCCUGGAGGAAUAUCCAAUGAUGCGGAGAGCCUUUGAGACGGUUGCCAUUGACCGACUAGAUCGGAUAGGAAAGAAAAAUUCAAUUCUUCUGCAAAAGUUCCAGAAGGAUCUGAACACCGGCGUCUUCAACAAUCAGGAGAACGAGAUCCUGAAGCAGAUCGUGAAACACGACCGGGAGAUGGUGCAGGCAAUCGCUCCCAUCAGUUAUCCCCAAAUGACAGCCCUGAAUGCCACCUCUUCCACCACGACUCCGACCUCCCGCAUGAGGACGCAGUCUCCGCCGGUGUAUACAGCGACCAGCCUGUCCCACAGCAACCUGCAUUCCCCCAGCCCCAGCACACAGACCCCCCAGCCGUCAGCCAUCCUGUCACCCUGCUCCUACACCACUGCGGUCUGCAGCCCGCCGGUACAGAGCCCGCUGGCCACUCGAACUUUCCACUACGCGUCCCCCACCGCCUCCCAGCUGUCGCUCACGCAGCAGCAGCAGCAGCAGCAGCAGAUCCAGCAGCCCCAGCCCCCGCAGCCCCCGCAGCAGCCCCCGCAGCCCCAGACGCCCGGCAGCUCCACGCCCAAGAACGACGUGCACAGGAGCACCCAGGCGCUCCACAACACCAGCCUGAGCCGAGAGGUCAGGCCCCUGUCGGCCUCGCAGCCCUCGCUGCCCCAUGAGGUUUCCACUCUCAUUUCCAGACCUCAUCCCACUGUGGGCGAGUCCCUGGCCUCCAUCCCUCAGCCCGUGACGGCUGUUCACGGCCCGAGCCUUCAGGCGGGGGCCCGGGGCACGGUCCCCCAGCGAGUCACCCUGUUCCGACAGAUGUCGUCGGGAGCCAUUCCCCCCAACCGAGGAGCCCCUCCCGCACCCCCUCCACCAGCAGCUGCUCUUCCGAGAGAGGCUUCCUCAGUCUUAACUACAGACCCAGAGGCAGAAAAGCCACGAUUUGCUUCAAAUUUAUGAUCCCUGCUGAUUGUCAAAGCAGAAAGAAAGACUCUGAUAAACUGAGAAUGUUCUCAGAAAUUAUUUUCUUCUAUCUCCUGAUAGAUUCCUAUAGCCUACUAUGAAGAGAUAUUUUAGACAGCUCUGGCCUACAUGCAAAAUGUAAAAUAUAUAAAUAUAUAUCUACUAUUCAAUAUCUAUCUAAAUUCCCAAGAGAGGUUCAAAAGACCUGUUUAGCAUUCAGUGUUACAUGUCUUCCUUUCUUUAAAUCAUUAAAGGAUUUAAAAUGUUGUUGUAAGAUCAUUUAUUUUUAACCAACUUUUACCGAAUUCCUUUGAUAAAUGUAUUUCUCUAUUUUAUGAAGAGUUCUUGGAUUCAAUGGAAACAAAACUCUGAUUUUAAAAAGGCAACUCAAGUGAGCCACUGAAUAGCACCAACCAAAUCUUCUUUCAUUAGCUGUGUCUCUGCAUCUAAAUUGUUAAUCAUGAAUUAUGGAGGAUUGAAUGGCAAAUCCCACUUUAUAGAUCUAAAUUGUAUUUUGGUGCUUUCAAUUUUGAAUUAGGUUAGAUCACGUGGUAUGCUCGGCCACGGCUGGAGACUAGCCUCGCCACUGUCCCGAGUAUCUCUAACCUCAAACACAUCCAUUGAUCUUUCAGAAAGCUGAGGGCAUAUUUGUCUUCGUGUGUUACCGGACUUUUACCAAGACUCAAUCAAUGUUAGCUGUAAAUAACUUUUUCAACCCAAAUAAAAAUAGCUCUUCUGUGUUGUAUGAAGGUAAAAGUCAUCACUUAAGAAUUUAGUUUUAUUGCUUCACUUCAAAACUUAGAGUUUUAAAUUUUACAAAACCUAACUGUGACAGUUAUUCAACUGUAAUGCAAUGGCUUGAAACCUACAAUAUUAUUUUAACCUGCAAUGUUUUAUGCAAAAUUGUAUGCUCAAUUCUACAAAUUGCUUGUAUUACACCAAAAAUCAUUACUUUUCUUCCUUCUUGCCAUAAUCAAGCAUCUGAAAAUAGUCCCUGCAUGCUUUUUUGGAAAAACAAAAUAGGUUCAGAUCAGUCACUGUAGGGAGAGGCUUACAGUAUUUCUCAUUUCUAGAAAAGUAUAACCAUUCAUUAAUUGCCUAUCUUAAAAUUCCUAUAAGGCUGACUUGGAUCUCUGACUUAAGUCUAGAAGUGAGGUUUUCACUUUCAUUUAAUAUUAUUACUAUCGUUUAAAUAAUGAUUUGUAAACCACAGCUUGAUUUGGAGUUGCCAGUGUGUUCUGUGUCUUCACUGUUGGUAGGUAGUAGUUAACCCUGGUGUUAAUUUAAAUUAACUAAAUACACUAUAGCCUCCUGUCUGGGAACACACACUUUGUUCUAUGUAUAUUGUAAUAAAAUGGUUAGCAAAUCUUAAGGCAUGUGGUGACUAACAUAGCCCUUAGGUAGGAGGUUUGUUAUUUUGAACGUGCUGGAAAACGUAUGGACGUGAUGACAGAAUGCAGGGGGCAAACUGAAUGUGAGCAUUGUUUGUUCGUUCGUCUGUUUCCUUAACUCUCCAUGAUCUGUGAACAUCUUCUUCUCAAAGAAGUCCCUUAGUAAUUAUUUGUGCCUAAUGCAUCCCACGAAUGUGGUGGAUGACUGGAACACAAUCGGAAGAUUCCUAAUAACCGACUUCUGUAAAUAACCCAAGAGAAUGACCUGACGUGGAGGUCUUCAGUAUCUCUGACACUGGCGAUACGUUAAAGAAGAACUGAACAAAGAUCGCACGAGAAAUGGGGCAGGGCCUCCAGAUAGACUUGAGGACAGAAAACAAAACGAAGCAAAAACUCUAAAAUGGAUCCAUGCUGCCUGUUAUGCCUUUUACGAUUAUAAUACCUAUAAUACCAAAAUGAGUUGUUAUGUUUCAUUUCUAACAGAUCCCAGCUUGUGUGGAAGUACUCAACAAUGCUAGUCAAUGUAAUGUUGUCAUUAACAUGCUGGUGACAUCUGAUGGCGGGUCAGGAGCGGUAUAAGAAGGGGAUUGUUCCGUCUACCUAGAUCCUAUGGGAAAGCUGCAAGACCAUUUACAUAUCAGUACAAAACUCCUUUAUUUUAUUAAAAUAUUGAGAAUUCACUUCAAUUUAUUAAGAUCAUGUAUUGGUCCUUUAAAUUAUUAAAGGUUUACAUUUGAUAGCACUAAUGGGUUUGGUAGUGAAAUAUUUUUAUAUAUAUAAAUUUUUGGUUUUUUAUUUUCAGCACUAUUGGGAAACAUAAGCAAAAUUGAAUUGCAUGGUCUUUCAGUGCAACCAUAAAAUUUUUAUUCACUUUGUAACAGAAUGGACAAAAACACACUAAGGUUUAUAUGUUAAACUCAUAAAAUGGUACAGGGUAAAUUAUAUACAUAUAUAUGUAUGAAUAUAUAUGCUUAGAUUAAGAAAACAAAUUGACUCACAUUCCUGUAAUAUAAAAGUCCAUUGCUAGUUGAAAAGUGACCUCUUUUCUCUGUACAUAGUUAAGCCCGUAAGUAUGGAGUUUUAAUCUGUACAGAAAGAAAUGUAUUAUUGAAAAGAUUGGUCUUUCUGCGGCUGGGAAAAUAGUAGAGUAGCUGAUUCUUACAACAACUGUAUGAUCAGGGAUGAAUUAGAGUAUUUCUUUUGUCUUUGCUCAAAGCCAUACAUAUAUAAAUAUAUAUAAAGAUUAUUAAUAAAUUCAACAGAAAAUAAACUAAAAUCAUGAAUAUUUUAUUUUAUCAAUAUGCUCUAACCAAACAUUUUGUUUUAUUAAUGAGUACAGAUUUGCCUCUUUCUACCUUUACAUCGUAAGAUUUCCAAGAGGGCUUAUACUUGAUAGUCAUUAUAAAAUUAAUCAUAGAUAGUCUAUGACUGUAGAGAGGAAUGUAAAUAGAACAUGGGUAUUCCAGUUAUCCCUCUGUUUUAUCUCUUCCCAAUGGUACCAGUUGAAGUUUUGGGGUUUUUUUGUUUUUUGUUUUUGUUUUUUUUAAUUCUUUGCUCUGUACCUCCUUCACGUGUGGUUGUGGUUCAAUUCCCAAACACGGUUAUUUCUGUGCUAUUAAAUUUAGAGGGGGGAAAAAUAACCUUGUAAUUUAUUAUACAAACCUAUUUUAUGAUAGCCUUGGGCCUUGCGAAGGCUUUCGAUAGUCAUAGAACCUCCCUAUUCAAGUGGAUUUUGAAUCAGGCUUAAAAGGCUGACAUAGAGUUUAUUGCAUUGAAUGAAGGAUUCUUUGAAAACUGUAAGGAUAAAUGGCAGGAAUGGCGAUAGACUCUAUUCAUCAAAUAAAUAGCUUGUCUCCAGGUAUCAGUGACCACUCCAUAAGUGAAUGAUUCCGUGACAGAUGCCGUCCCACUUUAAAAAGAUGGUUAUUUUGCCAUUUAUAAACUUAAAUGAGCAUAACAUCUGCAGGACACUACAAAGUACACAGUCAAGUUAGAAUAAUUCCUAAAGAACUUGGGUGAUUUAAACAAUAUGAUGUGUUUUAUGUGUAGAUGUUAUUAUUUCAAAUCCUGAAUUAUUUAUACUUUAAACUAGAAGUGAUCUCCAUCAUCUUGCAGGCCUACUUUUAAAUCUCCAUGCCUUCUUUUUAAAUUUAAGUGUUUCUGUUUGUUAAUUUUAUAAUUUUACUGUGCUACUUUGCUUUUAUGAAUUUUACUUUCAUAAUUUAUAACAUUAAGUUGUUUCAACAAGAUUUAUCUUCUUUAUGCCUCUAUCCUUCUAGAAUAUAUGCCAUAAAACCUG